CUGAUGAGGCAAUUAAUGUAAUGGGAAGAUUGUGAUGAAAGUAAACAAGAAGUAGAAAGAAAAAAUCAAUCAAAGAAAGUUGCGGAUAUAAAGAGAAGAAACCACUUGGAGCAGUCAAGAGGGAGCCUGCUAUAUCCCAGGGGUGCCAGCACGGAGACAUCACAUAUCACAGUUAUAAUGGCAUCCGCAAAUACAGACACACAGGUCUCACAUGCAGACUAUUUUGUGGACCUUGAGGACCCAACGGUGAAUUACGAGUACUCAUGGCUUCACCGUCACUGUACGUCACGCACCAUUCAUCAUCGACGGGCACAAAAAACAGGGCGACUGUUCUCAGGUCUCAUUGCCUUGAAUCUCAUGUUUAUGGGGGCGGCUCUGGUUAGCAGUGUGAUACUGAGUAGUGGGGCCGUACCAGAAAGAGACGAACAAAUCUUCCUCACUGUCUUCAUGUUCUUCAGCUCAGUCUGGGCGCUCUACCACCUCCUGUAUGUUCGGAAGAAGAAAUAUGCUGUAAUUCUCCAGGACCACCAUACCGGGGCGCUGUGGCUAAAAGCCUCUCUUGGUCUUUUCGGGUUGUGCAGCGUUCUGCUGGCCAUCUUUAAGAUUGGCCACAUCGUACUUCUGUUUCACUGCAAGUACCCGAUGGAUAUCAUCUUCUCCUUCAUGGAGAUACUGUUUGUCAGUGUCCAGACCAUUCUCCUGUGGGUUUGCUGCAAGGACUGCAUUCAGGUGCAUCACAGUAUUACCAGGUAUGGCAUCAUGUUGACAUUGUCCACAAAUAUGCUGCUGUGGCUUGCAGCUGUAAUUGACGACUCCCUGGAACGAGAUCUGGAAAGUCUACAGUCAAACGCCACACACGCUAUAAAGAUCACAGAAGUCACAGAAGAACAAGCACAGUGUCCAUGCCCAACCUACUCCCUAUGCUGGACCUUUAAGAAGGGAUUUGUAACUAUGUACCCCUUCAAUCUCGAGUAUAGCCUGAUUUGUGCAUCAAUGCUCUUUGUCAUGUGGAAGAAUGUUGGAAGGAAAGAAGAGCCACAUGCUAAACCUCCACGGCCUAGGUUCCGUCUCCGUGGAGUAGUGUAUGGCCCUUUAUUGGGAGGUGCUGCUCUUCUGGUUGGGAUCAGCAUUUUUGUCCAGUAUCAGGUCCAGGCAUCUGCUGGGUUGGUGCCUUCUCUAUCAUUCCAAAUUUACUAUGGGUACAAUCUGAUUAUUUUGCCAGCCAUGAUAAUCUGUAGUGUGGUGGGUAUUCUUGUCUACAGUUUCAGAGAAAAGGACAAGAGGGAUCAUGAUGGAAAAGAAGGAAAGACAGGCAAUAGGAAAUGUAGGAAGUAUGAAGUAAAUGUUCAUGGAAAAGAACACUUCCAAAAUCAUAGUGCAAUGGUUGAGGAAAACAGGAAAGAGGAGAGCCUACACAUGGAGGAACCGGUAGUGUCUGACCAGCACUGGCAUGAACUGGAUCACAUGGGAUGGCAAAACCAUAAAAAUGACAGCAUCCAAGUGCAUUAUCAAGAUACAGAAUACAACUCAGGGCAACAGAAAAAUAAUCAAUGUAACCAGGAGCAAAAUGGAAACAGUGACUAUAACCGAGUAGAAAUUUACCAUAUAGAGCAGGGUCUGAGGCAGGUGAAGAAGACAGACAAUGGCCUUCAAAAGAAAAAUACAUCAGAACAUGCUCAGACAGUAUUAGAAUGGGCAGAACACUGUACAGAAGAAGAAGUAAAACACAAUGACAGGCAUAUGGCGGCACACACAGGUCAUAGAUUUGUCCAGAGGUGGGCAGCACAAAGGCACAGCUUAACAGGAGACAUCUCAAAUCUGCAGAAAACCCACCAUGGGAGCACUUCAAAGAAUUAUGCCCAUAGCUUGGAUGUUACCCUGCUGCUGGCAUCAGCAGUGGGUCAGUUUUGCAUCUCUUAUUUCUCUAUAAUAGCCAUAGCGGUGACCAAUCCAUGGGACAUGCUGAAUGCUCUCAGCUUAUCACAGUCACUGUUCCUGGUCAUCCAGUGUUUGUCUCAGACAAUGUUCAUCAUUGAAGGAAUGCAGGACAGACAAGAAGAAGAAAAACAGAGCCCACAUCAACAACCUCAAAAUCCCUCUCGUCGCAUGUCCCUGCUAGAGAUCCGCAGGGUGUCCCUUGCCUACCUGCAGGAUACUGGGCGUCUGAGUGUAAGCCGCAGGGUGGUGAAGGAGACUGCAAUGUUCCUGAUUCUCUGUAAUAUAAUGUGCUGGAUCAUGGGAGCCUUUGGAGCACAUCCUCUGUAUAUGAAUGGCUUGGAGCGGCAUUUUUAUGGAUCCACAAUAUGGUUGGCCAUCCUUAAUAUCGGACUGCCAUUGUCUGUCUUUUACAGAAUGCAUAGUGUGGGAAGCUUAAUUGAAGUUUAUAUCAAUGCAUGAGACUACAUGACUUUCUUAGCCUCCAUCCUCCGAAAUACUGCUGGUGCUGGAUUUGUAAAUAUGAAUAUUAUGAUUGUGAAUAAAUGAUUUAUUUUUUUUGUUCAA